AUGAAAAAACUUGUUUUUACCUUUUCUGUUGAUUCCGCAUAUUCACUUGCUGAGCAUCCUAUAACUGUUUCAAUAUCAUCAAAUAUUGUAACAGUUAUUGUAUCUAAUGCAUCUGUAACCUUGAAUCAGAAAAUUACAGAAAUUCGGUUCAACUCACCUUCCCGACAGGUGAAGGGUGAUUGGAGCCCUAAGGUUUGGGACUGGGACAGUGCAAAUUUCAUUGCCAAGCCCUCGGAGGGCGAUGCUCUUCGUUUGGGAAAAUCUGUAGUUGAACUUGGAAAGAAGAAAAUUGGGGAUGAGUCGGUUUUGAAGAAGAGUACUAGUAAUAAAUAUGGUGAGAACCUCACGUUGAAGCUUGGUGGUAGUUUAUAUUCAGUUGAUGAGACUGCAUCGAGACCCAAUAAACGAGUCCAAUCUGGUUCUCCUGGUGGCGAGAGCUACCCAAUAUGUCAAGUAGAUGAUUGGAGAGGAGAUCUAUCAAAUGCAAAGGAUUAUCACCAUCAACAUAAGGUUUGUGAGCUUCACAGCAAGACCACCAAAGCACUUGUGGGGAAGCAGAUGCAGAGGUUUUGCCAGCAGUGUAGCAGAUUUCACCCCCUUUCUGAAUUUGAUGAGGGUAAGAGAAGUUGUUGGCGUCGGCUUGCUGGGCACAACCGGAGGAGGAGGAAAACAAAACCAGAGGAUGUUUCCCCACGGUUGAUGAUACCUGGAAGCAGGGAGAACACUGGUAAUGGGAACCUUGAUGUUGUCAAUUUGUUAACUAUUUUAACUUGUUUGCAAGGAAAUAAUAAUGAUAAAAGUGCAAAUAGUCCUCCAAUACCCGACAAGGAUAGGCUCAUCCAAAUUAUCACCAAGAUUAAUAAUUCGCUACCUCUUGCUUCAAAUUCUGCUUCUCAGUCACCAUCAGGAAGUUUUGAGCUAAAUGUUUCACAACAAGCUCCGUCAAACCACUCUAAUAAAAUUAAUGGCAGCACAUCUGCUCCAUCAACCACGGAUUUGCUUACUGUUCUUUCAGCUGCGUUAGCAUCUUCUCUUGAUAGUCUUGGGAUCAGUUGGGGCCAUUACAUCUCCAUUCCAAUGGCUCAGUAUUAUUUUUUUCCCCUGGUUAUCUUCUUAGAAAAGUAG